AUGGAGAGGGACGAGGGGCUGGCCACUAUUGACAAUAUCGUCACUCAGUUCAGCACCUAUGAGGACUUUUUGGACUCGCAGAUCACCACCGUGGACUUGUACUACCUGGAGGAUGAAGGCCUGGCCCGCCAGCUGGUGGAGCUAGGCUACCGAGGGAUUGGAGAGGUGAUCAAAAGGGAAGAUUUUGAAGCAAGAAAGGCAGCAAUAGAGGUGACAAGAUUGGCCGAAAGAAGUCAGAAAAAGACAUUAACAAGUGCUGGUAAAACACUGAAAGACAAUUUUCUGAAGGCUUUGGCAGCAAGAGAAGAAGACAAUAACACUGGAAAAGUGAGCUCUGUGAUCUUUAUUCGUGACCGAAAUUCUUUUGGACAAGAGAUAUCAGGAUACAUCGACUAUGCUUAUAGGCUGAAAGUUGAAGAUUUUGAAGUCUACUUUAAUGGAAUAAAAAGGCUUCUUCCAAAACCCACAGAUCUGAGCUUUUACAACUGGAACAGUCAUACUGCUAUGUGUAAUUCAACUCCUAACUAUCAAGUGAUUGCCGAUAAUCCCGAAGGCUUACUUUUCAGAUACAAAAGAGAUAGAAAAACUCUUAAUGUGGACCCAAAAGUUCAACCAGGAGACAACUCUAUUCGAAUCCCUAUACAGACAGAUCUCUACAUUCAAGCUGUCAUUUUUGACCACAUUUCUAGAAGAAAGACCUAA